UUAGGUAGUUUCUGUGGUUUUCUCUAACUUUGGUUUGGUAGUUGAUUACUUGAGGAGGUACUUCAAAAUCUUCCGUCUCUGUGUCUCUCUCUCUUCGUCUUCUUCAUUACGCGUCUUCUUCUUCUUCUUCUUCUUCAACAUUUUGCCCCUCUCUCUUUAAUUAGCUGCAGCUCACCUUUCACUAUCUCUCAAUAUCUCUUUCUUCGAUAUUUAUUGUCAACUUGUGUGUGUGCGUACAUUUGGAGAAUCAGUAAACAGUUUGGAUUCACUCAAAUACCUACCUUUCACCUAUCUUCUUCAUUGCUUCUUUAGAACAAACUAAGAAAAUCUUCUGAGAUUCGUCUUCAAAGCUUGUUAUUGCAUGUUUUGAUGGGAGUUGUAACGACUGGAUCUCUCUGGACCAACGAGUUGGGUUGACUUGACCUCGGAAGUUACCUCUCUCCCUCUCUAGAGAUUGCGUGUGUGUCAGUUUACUCUUUUGUCGGUAAUAUGAAUACUGGUGGUCGGCUCAUCGCUGGUUCUCACAACAGGAAUGAGUUCGUCUUAAUUAAUGCAGACGAGAGUGCCAGAAUAAGAUCAGUGGAAGAGCUAAGUGGGCAAACAUGUCAAAUCUGUGGAGAUGAGAUAGAGCUGAGUGUUGAUGGAGAGUCUUUUGUGGCAUGUAAUGAAUGUGCUUUCCCUGUCUGUAGACCUUGCUAUGAGUAUGAGAGACGAGAAGGAAACCAAUCUUGUCCUCAGUGCAAAACUCGUUACAAGCGCAUCAAAGGAAGUCCAAGGGUUGAAGGAGAUGAGGAGGAUGAUGGAAUUGAUGAUCUUGAUUUUGAGUUUGAUUUUAGUAGGAGUGGCCUUGAAUCUGAAACUUUCUCUCGCCGCAACUCCGAGUUUGAUUUGGCCUCUGCUCCACCUGGCUCACAGAUCCCUUUGUUGACUUAUGGAGAGGAGGACGUUGAGAUUUCUUCUGAUAGUCAUGCUCUCAUUGUUUCUCCAUCACCUGGUCAUAUCCAUAGGGUUCAUCAACCUCAUUUUGCUGACCCCGCCGCACAUCCAAGACCAAUGGUACCUCAGAAAGACCUUGCGGUCUAUGGAUAUGGAAGUGUUGCGUGGAAGGAUCGUAUGGAAGAGUGGAAGAGAAAGCAGAAUGAAAAAUAUCAGGUGGUUAAACACGAUGGAGAUUCUAGUCUUGGAGACGGAGAUGAUGCUGAAAUUCCCAUGAUGGAUGAGGGAAGGCAGCCUCUGUCUAGGAAAGUACCAAUAAAGUCGAGCAAAAUAAAUCCGUACAGGAUGCUAAUCAUUCUCCGUCUUGUGAUUCUCGGUCUCUUUUUCCACUACCGUAUUCUUCACCCCGUCAAUGAUGCUUACGCCUUGUGGCUAAUAUCCGUGAUAUGCGAAAUAUGGUUUGCGGUUUCAUGGGUUCUUGAUCAGUUCCCUAAAUGGUAUCCUAUAGAAAGAGAAACAUACUUGGACCGGCUCUCAUUGAGGUACGAGAAAGAAGGGAAACCAUCUGAACUAGCUGGUGUGGAUGUUUUUGUGAGUACGGUGGAUCCGUUGAAAGAGCCUCCGCUUAUUACAGCAAACACUGUUCUGUCUAUUCUUGCGGUUGAUUAUCCGGUAGACAGGGUUGCUUGUUAUGUAUCUGAUGAUGGUGCUGCUAUGCUUACCUUUGAAGCCCUUUCAGAAACAGCAGAAUUUGCAAGGAAAUGGGUUCCUUUCUGUAAAAAAUACAGUAUCGAGCCACGUGCUCCCGAAUGGUACUUUUGCCACAAGAUGGAUUAUUUAAAGAAUAAAGUUCACCCUGCAUUUGUAAGGGAACGCCGAGCAAUGAAGAGAGAUUAUGAAGAAUUCAAGGUUAAGAUCAAUGCUUUAGUUGCGACUGCACAAAAAGUGCCUGAAGAAGGUUGGACUAUGCAAGACGGUACUCCUUGGCCCGGUAACAACGUGCGAGAUCAUCCUGGCAUGAUCCAGGUUUUCCUUGGAAAUAAUGGUGUUCGCGAUGUAGAAAACAACGAGUUGCCUCGGCUGGUUUAUGUUUCUCGUGAGAAGAGACCCGGAUUCGACCAUCACAAGAAGGCUGGAGCCAUGAACUCUCUGAUACGAGUUUCUGGAGUUCUAUCAAAUGCUCCUUAUCUUCUAAAUGUCGAUUGUGAUCACUACAUCAAUAAUAGCAAAGCUCUUAGAGAAGCAAUGUGUUUCAUGAUGGAUCCUCAGUCGGGAAAGAAAAUUUGUUAUGUUCAAUUCCCUCAAAGAUUCGAUGGGAUUGAUAAAAGUGACAGAUACUCUAAUCGUAAUGUUGUAUUCUUCGAUAUUAAUAUGAAAGGUUUGGAUGGAUUACAAGGGCCUAUAUACGUUGGAACCGGGUGUGUUUUUAGGAGACAAGCACUUUAUGGAUUUGAUGCCCCAAAAAAGAAGAAGACUAAGCGUAUGACUUGCAAUUGCUGGCCUAAAUGGUGUUUGUUUUGUUGUGGUCUAAGAAAGAAUCGUAAGACAAAGACAACUGUUAAGAAAAAGAAGAACAGGGAAGCCUCAAAGCAGAUACACGCACUAGAAAAUAUUGAAGAGGGCACCAAAGGCACUAAUAAUGCGGUGAAAUCACCAGAGGCGGCACAACUGAAGUUGGAGAAGAAGUUUGGACAGUCUCCUGUUUUUGUUGCGUCUGCUGGUAUGGAGAAUGGUGGGCUUGCUAGGAAUGCGAGUCCGGCUUCUCUGCUUAGAGAAGCCAUCCAAGUCAUUAGUUGUGGAUAUGAAGAUAAAACCGAAUGGGGAAAAGAGAUUGGGUGGAUCUAUGGUUCUGUCACCGAGGAUAUCCUUACGGGUUUCAAGAUGCAUUCUCAUGGCUGGAGAUCGGUUUACUGUACACCCAAGAGACCGGCUUUUAAAGGAUCAGCACCUAUCAAUCUUUCUGACCGUCUUCAUCAAGUUCUUCGGUGGGCGCUUGGGUCUGUUGAGAUUUUCUUGAGCAGACAUUGUCCUAUUUGGUAUGGUUACGGAGGUGGUUUGAAAUGGCUCGAGAGAUUGUCUUACAUCAACUCUGUGGUUUAUCCAUGGACCUCUAUUCCACUCCUCGUUUACUGUUCUCUCCCUGCUAUCUGUCUUCUCACCGGAAAAUUCAUCGUCCCCGAGAUUAGCAACUAUGCAAGUAUCCUCUUCAUGGCACUUUUCGGGUCGAUUGCUGUAACGGGCAUUCUCGAGAUGCAAUGGGGUAAAGUAGGGAUUGAUGAUUGGUGGAGAAACGAACAGUUUUGGGUGAUUGGAGGUGUUUCAGCUCAUCUCUUUGCUCUCUUCCAAGGUCUCCUCAAGGUUUUAGCCGGUGUCGACACAAACUUCACGGUCACAUCUAAAGCAGCUGAUGAUGGUGAAUUCUCUGACCUUUACAUCUUCAAAUGGACUUCACUCUUGAUCCCUCCGACCACACUCCUCAUCAUAAACGUAAUCGGAGUCAUAGUCGGAAUCUCUGAUGCGAUCAGUAACGGAUAUGACUCUUGGGGACCGCUUUUCGGGAGAUUGUUCUUUGCGUUUUGGGUCAUCCUCCAUCUAUAUCCUUUCCUUAAAGGUCUGCUUGGGAAACAAGACAGAAUGCCAACAAUCAUUCUUGUCUGGUCGAUCCUUCUCGCCUCUAUCCUUACGCUUCUUUGGGUCAGAGUCAAUCCGUUUGUGGCGAAAGGCGAUCCUAUCCUCGAGAUCUGCGGUUUGGACUGCCUUUGAUUGAACUCAGAGUUGAUGUGAUGAUACGUAACAAAUUUUCCACAGAGGUAAGUAAAGAGGAAAGAGUCACACAUUUGUUUGUUUACUGUGUUGUUAAUUAUUAUUGUUGGGAACAAAAGAUCCUUGUUAGAUUGAACACGAAAAGAAGAAGGAUUUAGAUAAAUAAUGUUAUUCUUUUGGAAGAUGUUGUAAUGUAGAUAUAGAAGAAGGUGGUGUCGUCUUGUUAUUUUUUUUGGGUGAAUGUGGAACAGAAAAGAGAGGUGUUAUCUUAUUAAUUCUUUCACUGAAAUAUUUUGAGAAA